CUUCAUAAAGGCAUAAACCAUGGCAAAGGAAAAGAAGGAGAAGAAGAAGAAGAAGAAGGGAAACUCACAAGUGUCCAAGGAGCCUAGAACCUAUUUUCCAGAAGCCCUACUGGCAUAUCAAAUUCAGAUUAAGGAAGAGGCCGUUGAUGAGCUUCUCGGUGAAAUCAGGCAACUGGAAUCAGAGAAUGAAAGAAGCAAAGGAAGAAAUCAGCAACUCAAGCAUGAACAGAUUGGACACAUCCGGGCCCUGCUCACUAACCUGAAAGUACAGGAGAAGCAGCUUGAAAAAAUAGAAAUUGUUACCCGGGAUGAUGUUGAGAAAGCGAUGAUGGACAAAUGGCAGUACAUCAAGGAUCAGGAGAAACAUAUUAAAGAUAUGCGUUACCAGAUACAUUAUGUUGAACAGAAACUUCUCCAGAAACAAGCUGAAAUAGACUACUGGAUGGCCUAUAAAAAUGUGGGAUGUACUGAACAUGCAAAUCAGAUUCAGUUCUUGGAACAGGAUAUUGAAAAAUUGAAGGUAGAUCUUGAAGAAAUGACAGAAUUCUUUAGAAUUUCUUUGGAAGAAACGAAGGAAAAAAUUGACAAAUACACUAUGAGAAAAAUGGAGCUAAAGAAAGAAUGGGCCACUGAGAAUGCUGUUAAGCACAUUGACAAGAUCAGCCGCAGGGAGAUUAAAGAAUAUGAGUGGCUAAAAGAAGAAGUUGCAGCUUAUCGAAAAGAAGUGAGUGAUUUAGAAGAAUCUGUCCAUAAAUUGGAGAAGGAAAAUAUCUAUCUCAUUGAUAAACUGUUUGAGCGGAGAUUGCAAUUUCUCAGAAUACCCAGGAAGCUGUUUCUUACCCAAGGAGCGGGCUUGCAGAUUCCAGAAGAAAGCAUGGAUCAAGAAGAAGAGGUCCCUGAAAUGUCAGCAAUGGAGAUGGUCAUUUCUGUGGAGCGUCCAGUAAGUGAUGAGAGAAGGGGUUUCAAACAUGCAGAAAUUAAGUCGAUAGAUGACUUCAAAGUGGUUUAUUUGCGGGGAAUGUCAGCAAAUGAGUUUCUGCCCCCACUUCUGAACGAAGAUACAAAAGAUUUCAAGGUUUAUAAGGAGCUGGGUCCUUUGGAUGUGAAAUUCAUGUGUGCCGUGGGCCAAAAGAUGCCAAUUCAUGAAGACAUCAAAGAAAUACCCAACAAAACUCAUUUGGAUGAGAAUGACCCAAAGAGCUCUGCACAGCACAUUACCUACCGUAUGAUCAAAUCAGUGUUUCCUUAAAAAAGAGGAUGUUCUUAAAAGAAGAUGAAUGUUCCUUCAGAUAGGCUGUGGAGCAUCUAGGAUUACCUUUAAGCACUAUGGGCAGUUGACUUGCAUAUAUGAAAAAGUGGAAGAUGAUUUAAAACUACAGGCUGUUGUUUGUUGAGGCUCUUUUCCUGGGACAUUUGCAACUGACCUACAAAUUAAACAGAUUUGCAUUGGAUGCAUCAAUAGAAGGAGUAUAUGUUGU